AUGCCCGUGGUGAUCCCAACCUCCGACCAGCUGCAGAGAGGCCAGGCGCUUUAUAAGGCGGGCAAUCUCAUCGAGGCCUCACAAUGUUUCAAGUCGAUAAUCAAGAACUGCUCGGGCUGCAAGGCAGGGAAGCCCAGCGUUCUCUGCGAGUGCAAUGACCUGCUAGCUGCUUGCCAGAAUCGCACGCUGGCGGACGUGCUGCGCAAACCGUGCAGAUGUCCACAGCGGGCUCAUAUGCGUUGCAAAGAGGAUGGCCACGUAUCUGCUCUCGCGAACCUGGUCAUGGUUGCGGUGAAGGCCAAGGAUUACAAGCGUGGUCUCGUGUACGCUCAGAAUCUGGUUUAUCUGGCCCCUCGCGACCCCAGAGGCUACCUACGACUUGGACAAGUCUUGCGUCUCGUCGACCGACACCGCACCGCCCUGGGUGUGUACCAGCAGGGAAUCGUGCUCGUGGCCAAGGCCAAGCCUGACCACCCGGGGCUCAAGACGCUGCAGGACCAAGCAGAGAUUGUACGGAAGCUGGUCUCCCAGGUCGAUCCCAUAGAGACACUGCCAGCUGAACUGAUCAACCUGGUCUUCAGCCAUCUGAGCACAAGGGAGCUCUGUCGCUUCCUUCGUGUUUCCAAGAGCUGGAAGGCAUUCCUGGAGAGCUCAGCAGCCAAACCUCUAUGGCUAUCGCAACACUACGACGUUAAGAGCAGGUUCUUCAAGAAGCCCAAACCGCAGACCACACAGAAGUAUCUGGUGACCUACCCCGGCGGGCAGCUGAAGCAUUUGGUCCUGGACCAGCUUGACACAGUCUCCCACGGCGACAAAGUCUUCAUAAUGCUGUCCGCGCUGCCUCGACUUGAAACGUUCAUACUUCACGGUAGCGCCACCCUGACAGGUAACCUACCACCUAUAGGGAAGCUGCCGAAACUCAAAGUUCUCUCGUUAGCCGCUUCGAUUCGGAUCGAAUGUGCACACCUGAACCGUCUUAUCGCUGCUAGUGCUAAUACCUUGGAGGAACUGGCUGUUAUGGGCUGUCCCUACGGUCACGGGGAAUCACAGCGCGUGGACUGGCCACAGCUUCCGAACCUGCGCACCCUCAAGCUUGUAUCCCCAGGAAUAGGCACACCAUUCGUUGACAUGGAGACAGUAAUGUGCCGAACGCCGAAUGUCGAGAAUGUGUUGCUUGACGCAAUCCAGUUUGGUAGAAAUCGCGCCAACGACGAACGGCCGGAUGGGCCCCUUUGGCCACACCUGCGUCGUGUAGCUCUGGGCCCCGGCUUUCACGUCACUCGCGACAUGCGAUUCCCGGCACUGUCCGAGGCGGUCACCGAACUCGUGCUCGAGAACGACUCCAUACUACACGUGUGCACCAGUUUGGAGAGUGCGCCGGAGGACAUGGAGCUCACCAUGAUAUUCUCGCGUCCUUCCAACAUCAUUUCGGUGGGCAUUCCUCAUCUCCCGAGGCUCGAGACGCUCGUUCUUAGAGGUCGGUACCCUCUGACCCCUGAGGCCUUCCAACUUCUGGCGCAGCCCUCGGUUGCGAGCGAUUCCCUCCGUCAUCUAUAUCUCAGUCCCUUCCCUUGGCAGGCUCUGAACGUCCCGGGGGGACUGGAGUGGGCCAGGCCCAGCGAGGAUCAGACCGGCCUGGAGGUCCUAAACGCAAACUACCUGAUCGGGGAGGUCGGCCGCCAUAUCGAAGACCCCGACGAAGCCCUGGUCCGUCUUUGCGAUCACUUUCCGAACCUCAAGGAUCUGGAUAUCGGAGCUGAGACUGUGUCGCCCAUCACCCUGGGUCGCCUUCUCGAGAAGACCAAGAUCACCAAUCUCUACCACUACCAAGGCGCUCUGAUGACGGAGCUAAGAGACUGGGCCAAGACCAUUAGCAAGAAUGUUACACAGGGGAAGAAUCCCAAGAACUUGGGAAGCUUGGAACCGGAUUGGCCUACAUGA